CGACGAGACCGGCCAACGAAGGAAAACCUCCAGAUGCCGGGGCCGGCUGCCCUGAGUCCCGCCUGGGUCUCCCACUCAGCGACUGUCCCCCUUCCGAUCUGCAAACCAAGAAAUGUUCUUCCUCUCUGGGUCGGCUUUUUGGAAAAGCUCCGUCCUCUGGUCACCAGUAGGUCCUUUGCUGUCUGGGCAGCGCGCUGUGCUCAGAGGCGGGCUUCCCGUGGGCGCACGGUCGCGGCCAACCUUCCCGCGCGAGCUCCCGGGUGUUCUGCUUCUGGCCUCGCCAUUCAGGAGGCCCCUCGGGCCGACGGCGCGGUCACCCGGACGGCGUAACCAGACGAGCCUCGGCCCGCGGUUAGGGGUGAAUGGGCGGCAGCCGGCGGGCUCGAGAGACAGGAUGCGCCGAGGAGGAUGCACCCGGCAGGGCGCACGGAGCGGCGCGCGCGGAGCUCGGCGCGCGGUGCUUUCAACACCAUGGACAGGUCGCGCGAUCCGGGCUCACCACCAGCCCCGCAGCCAGCCCCGGGGGCGUCAUGCCGGUCUCCCCAGCGCAGUCUCCUUCCUGAGUAUCCACCCGAGAGGUUCCAGACCCGCCUCUCCCGCGAUGCGUCUGCCUCACUUCAUCUGGCUCCCAAGUAGCCCCAGGAACCUGCUGCCCAGGUGCAAAGAAAAUGCUGCAGGCACCGAGGAAAACAGCGGUCCCGGCCCUUCAAAACAAUCCGCCCCCUUCUCCCGCCACAGCCCGGCGCUGGAGCUGUCUGCUCUGCCCAACUGGGGUCAGCCGCUCUCAGACUGCACCAUUUUCUUCGCAGCCCACCCAGGAGCCGAGGCGCCGGCUCACUUGGCGGCGCGCGGAGAAUCGCGUCCGGGCCUCGGCGUCCCGCGAUCAGGCUCCCAGCGCGCGGCGGCCGCCGAGAGAGAGGCAGAGCAUGAAUGGGAGAGGGGCAGAGAGAGAGGAAGACACAGAAUCCGAAGCAGGUUCCAGGCUUCAAGCUGUCAGGAAGAAGCCCGACACAGGGCUUGAACUCACAGACCAUGAGAUCAUGACCUGAGCCGAAGUCGGAAGCUCAACCAACUGAGCCACCCAGGCGCCCACAAAUUCUUAAAACAAUACUUAUAUUUGGGAUUUUGUAUGUUAUAUUCAAGCAUUGUAACGAUCACCUAUGACAAGUUAUUGUUAAUGCAAAAAAUGCAAAAAAUAUUACUUUUAUCAUGUAAAACAUUAUCAUAUAUGUCAUGAUUUUUACUGUCAAAGUAAUAUGUAGAUCCACAAUACCUAUUCAGUUCUUCUUUCAAAUAUUCCAGUGCUAGAAUGAAAAAUACCAAAAAUUGCAGUCCAUUGAUUAAUUUGUUCAAAUCUCUCCACAGUCAAGACCAUAUCUUGAUCUAUAACAGUCGGAAAAUAGUUACUACAGACAUUACUUUGGUUUAUUUGUACAUGAAGCCUCUUCUUUAAAGUCAUGAAAACAUUUGCAUUUCCUUGUUCUAAUUCUCUUAUAUUUUAUUAGGAUAUCACAUUUGAUUGCAUAUGCACUGUAUUUUUAUUUAGAAAACGAUUUUCCUUAAAAUUUAAAAGUAUUUUUAAUCCCUUUAAGUGAGAAAUCACCAAACUUAGGUUUUCUUUUGCUUAUACCAUUAAUAGCAAGUAAUAGUUUGUAUCAAAAAAUUGUGGACAGCACAAGUCCUAAAUUAAUUUUAUCUUCCACAAAGACCACAUUCUUGCUCUAGAUUUGAGGACAUUCUAUUGUUUCAUUUAGCUUUCCUAAUAUAUCUUACAUCCUUUCUAAAUUAAAUUUAAUGGCUUUAGUCAGCAUUUCCAUUGUGUGUCUUUUUUUAACAUUUAUUUAUUUAUUUUGAGAGAAAGAGAGAGAGAACGUGCACACGAGAGCCAGGGAAGGGCAGAGAGAGACGAGAGAGAGAGAAUCCCAAGCAGGCUCUGCGGUGACACGGGGUCUGAACUCAUGAACUGUGAGAUCAUGAUCCGAGCCACAAUCAAGAGUCAGAAGCUUAGCUGACUGAGCCACCAGAUGCCCCACAUUGUGUGUCUUAAAUGGCUAUAAGGCCAAAUUUAAAUGUGUCUUGUCUAUGGAUAGAUUCAAGAUAUAUAAAUAAUCUUUCAAUUCCUCCAAAGAACUUCAUGCCUAUUGGCUCAGUUGAGGCCACAUCUCUAGCAACAAAUUCAAACUAUGUUAUAUAUGUGCUAUAAAGAAUGUUUCUGGAUUUUAGGCCAAAAUCUAGGUUAGGUCUAGAAAUACACUUAUGGUUUAAGAGGAAUGUGAAUUGCAAGAACAUAAUCUUGCAAAACGUGCCUCAGUUACUGUGUGCAACUGUUCAAAAUACCACCCUAAUUCAUAUGUAACUCCAGAACCAUGAACUGGAACACAAAAGGAAGCAGGAAAAUGGAUGCCCAUCGCUGCUGGGAAGUGACGCUUCCUUAUUCAAAAAUCUGCUUGCAUGCUACCUGGGAGGAAGGAUUUGACAAGUUAAUCAUUUCAUCUUUUCUUUUAUCAAAGUGCCUCCACCCUCACACCCUUUCUGUGCUCCAAAGCAGUAGCUAACACCGUAUCAGCAGCAACACCACCCAUAAAACUUAAAGGCAUUUAAAUGCAGAUGUUUUUUGUUCUGAGGGCAAGAGUUUCAGAAAAGCAUGUCCUUGGGGCCUGAACUGUGUUAACCAGAAGAGCAGCUGUUUGGGCCACGCUGUGCCAGUACUGAUGGCCGCCAGAUCCCAAGACAGAAGGGCAACCAUGCGUUCUCCAGGACAGUUACUUUUUGUGUUUGUGAUACGUGGGCCCUAUAAAACAUUGGGUCUAGGACAGGGGCGCUCCUACUGGGGACGGAGGGCAGCCUCCCUGGUAGAAUACAAAGAGCAAAGAGUAUUCCCUGAGCCUGGGGACCAGGUUCACCCAGCAGAAGCUGAAACUAUGGAGACACCUUUCUGGCCAGAGCUGGAGCCAUGAAACCAGACGUCACUGCUGCUGGAGUUGCUACCCAUGGCAGAGAACAGAGGAGAAAUACCCUGUCUUCGGCUCACCAGACUUUUGCUAGAAACUCCCACUGGUGGAACCCAGAUGGACACCAGCUGACACGGGGGCCUGGGGAUACGCAGCAUGCAAAUGUCAGUCCCCGGCAGCACAACAGAGCAAGGAAAGUCAAAGUACAAAUCUGAGGGCAAACAGGCCAGGAUGGACUGGCACACAAUACAUAUUCUCAUAAAGUCAGGACCAAAACAAAUGUGCUCUCUCUACCACCACCGGUUAAUACGUUGAGGGGCAAGAGUAGAGUAGGCACCAGAAAUUAAGAGUCACAGCAAGUGCAGGGGUGCCUGGCUGGCUCAGUUGGUUAAGCACCUGACUCUUGGUUUCAGCUCAGGUCACGAUCUCGCAGUUUCAUAGGUUUGAGCCCCAUGUCAGGCUCAGCGCUGGCAGCACAGAGCCUGCCUGGAUUCCCUCUCUCCCUCUCUCUCUCUCUCUGCUCUUCCCCCACUUACUCUGUCUCUGUCUCUCUCAAAAUAAAUAAACUUUAAAAAUAAAAAAAAAAUUUUUUUUAAGUUACAACAAUUGCAAAGGAGAAUGCAAAAUGAAUAUUAUAUGUGGAUAGUAGGACUGAAAACUUAAUAAACUAAAAAUAGAUAAGAAUCAAUACAUUCCGAUAGAAUAGCAGUUAACAGAUUAGUUACAAAGAAAGUGAAGGCUUUAUAUGAAGAAAACUACAAAAGUUUAUCGAGAGACACAAAUGACCUGAAAAGAUAUAGAAACCCGCCAUAUUCCUGAAUGAAACAAUUCAAUUCUAUAAAAAUGUCAAUGCUUUACAAAGUCAUUCAUAGAUUUAAAAUAGUUCCUAUCAAAAUCUCAAUCUUUCAUUGCAACUUGGAAAAUAAUCCUUUUUUUUAU